ACACGGUUGCCUUCUGAUAAAAUCAGUUGAGCUUUAGUGAAGAUUACAAAAAUGGCGGUGAUGGUUUCGACGAAUGCCUUCGUAAAGGCUUCGUUUUUAGAUGAAAGUCGGAAUUUUUGCUUGAAACCGAUGUUUCCUCAGCCGUCCUACUAUAAUUGCCGACAAGUCGUUCGUCUGAAAUCGAAGACAAAGGUAAUGUUCUGCUUGAACUUGAACACGAAGGAGGUAGGUUUGCAAAAACCUGGUGAUGGAGGUUUUGAAUUCAAACCCAGUUUUGAUCAGUACCUGCAAGUAAUGGAAUCGGUUAAAACAGCGAGGAAGAGGAAGAAAUUGGACAGAUUAAAAGUUGAGGAUGACGAUGGUGGAGGUGGGAAGGGUGAUAGUGUUGAUUCGGAUGUGAAAGGUGAGAGUUCCAGGAGGAGAUACUCAAGGCAGGAGAUGGUAAGUGAAGAACGUAAUGAGAGAGGUGUUAAUAGGAAUGAAGAAAGUGGAAUUCAUAGAGUAAUCAAAGAUGUGAAAUGGAGUAAGAGUGGUGAAUCUUCAGUGACUGUGACAGAAGAUGAGGGCUUUAGGAGAAGGUACUCCAAGCAGGAGUAUCAUCGUUCCUCUGGUACAUCGAGAGGGAUUGAGAGAGGUUCUAAAGUUGAUGAACUGGAUCUUGUUGUUGAACAAAGGAGAGUUCAGAGAAUAGGCAAAGAUGUAGGAUGGAGUAAGAGUGGUGAAUCUUCAGUGACUGGGACACAAGAUGAUAACUUUAGGAGAAAGUACUCUAAGCAGGAGUAUCACCGUUCCUCUGAUACAUCGAGAGGGACUGAGAGAGGUUCCAAAGUUGGCGAAUUGGAUCUUGUUGUUGAAGAAAGGAGAGCUCAGAGAAUAACCAAAGAUGCAAGAUGGAUUAAGAGUAGUGAAUCUUCAGUGGCUGCGCAAGAAGAUGAUAGUUUCAGGGGAAGGUACUCUAAGCAGGAGUAUCACCGUUCCUCUGGUACAUCGAGAGAGAUUGAGAGAGGGUCUAAAGUUGGUGAAUUGGAUCUUGUUGUUGAAGAAAGGAGAGUUCAGAGAAUAGCCAAAGAUGCAAAAUGGACUAGGAGUGGUGAAUCUUUAGUGACUGUGUCAGAAGGUGAGAGUUUCAGGAGACAGAAUCCAAAGCAGGAGAUGGUGAGGUAUCAGCGUUUUCAUGAUACAUCGAGAGGGAUCGAGAGAAGUUCUAAAGGAGAUGGACUGGAUCUCUUUGCUGAAGAAAGGCGAAUUGAGAGAUUAGCCAACGAGAGGCAUGAAUUGAGAAGUAGCAAAUUGAGUAGAACCAGGAGCAUUGGUGCUAAAGGAGAUAAUGAUGAUGAUAGCUUGUUUGCCAAUGAAACUCCUGCCUUUAAGUUUUCCGAUGAGUCCAGUGACAUAGUGGACAAGCCAGCUACUUCACGAGUCGAAAUGGAAGACAGAAUCGAGAAGUUAGCAAAAGUGUUGAAUGGUGCAGACAUCAAUAUGCCUGAGUGGCUGUUUUCCAAGGCGAUUCGGAGUGCAAAAAUCAGAUAUACGGAUUUCACUGUAAUGAGACUGAUCCACUUUCUAGGAAAACUAGGAAACUGGAGACGAGUUCUUCAAGUCAUCGAGUGGAUUCAAAGGCAAGACCGUUACAAAUCGAACAAGCUAAGAAUCGUCUAUACAACUGCACUAAACGUUCUUGGUAAAUCAAGAAGGCCUGUGGAAGCUCUCAAUGUAUUCCACGCUAUGCUGUUACAAAUUUCAUCAUAUCCGGAUAUGGUAGCAUACCGUUCAAUUGCAGUCACACUUGGACAAGCUGGGCAUAUCAAGGAACUCUUCCAUGUGAUUGACGUAAUGCGAUCUCCACCUAAAAAGAAAUUCAAGCCAACAACACUUGAAAAAUGGGAUCCUCGGCUUGAACCAGACGUUGUUGUUUAUAAUGCGGUGCUCAAUGCAUGUGUUCAACGAAAGCAAUGGGAAGGAGCAUUCUGGGUCUUGCAACAGUUGAAGCAACGAGGGCAAAAACCUUCUCCUGUAACCUAUGGCCUCGUCAUGGAGGUGAUGUUAGCAUGUGAGAAGUACAAUUUAGUUCAUGAAUUCUUCAGGAAGAUGCAGAAAUCUUCUAUCCCUAAUGCUCUAGCAUAUAGAGUUCUUGUUAAUACUCUAUGGAAAGAAGGUAAAACCGAUGAGGCCAUACAUACGGUUGAGGAUAUGGAAAGCCAUGGUAUUGUUGGAUCAGCUGCUCUCUACUACGACCUUGCUCGCUGUCUUUGUAGCGCAGGACGGUGUAGUGAAGGGCUUGAUAUGCUUAAUAAGAUAUGUAGAGUUGCAAAUAAACCUCUCGUGGUGACUUACACUGGCCUGAUCCAAGCAUGCAUCGACUCGGGAAACGCCAAGAAUGCAGCUUACAUCUUCGAUCACAUGAAGAAGGUCUGCAGCCCGAACCUGGUCACUUGCAACAUAAUGCUUAAAGGUUAUCUACAAGGCGGGUUGUUUGAAGAAGCGAGGGAACUUUUCCAGAAGAUGUCAGAAGACGGAAAUCAUAUAGAAAGCAGCUCAGAUUUCGAAUCAAGAGUAUUGCCAGACACGUACACGUUCAACACAAUGCUAGACGCGUGUGCUGAACAAGAAAAGUGGGAUGAUUUUGGUUAUGCCUAUAGGGAGAUGUUGCGUCACGGAUACCAUUUCAAUGCGAAACGCCAUCUCAGAAUUGUACUUGAAGCGAGCAGAGCAGGAAAGGAGGAAGUGAUGGAAGCGACAUGGGAACACAUGAGACGAAGUAAAAGAAUCCCGCCAUCACCUCUAAUUAAAGAAAGAUUCCUUAGGAAACUCGAGAAAGGCGAUCAUAUGUCGGCUAUAUCAUCUCUUGCUGACCUUAGUGGCAAAAUUGAGGAGACAGAGUUACGUGCAUUUUCAACUUCAGCAUGGUCCAGGGUCUUGUCCCGGUUUGAGCAAGAUUCAGUUUUGAGGUUAAUGGACGAUGUGAACAGACGCUUGGGUUCGAGAAGUGAGUCUUCGGAUUCAAUUUUGGGGAAUCUAUUGAGUUCUUGUAAAGAGUUGGUAAAGAAACAGAACACAAGUUUUGUUGUAAGUUAAUUCUUUGUGAAUCUAAAGUUGAAAACAAAGGCAUGUUCUGUUUUCUUAAAAGAUAGGAAAUGCUUAGGG